UACAGACUUGGAGGCUUCCGCUGAAGAGAAGCUUGGAGGUAAUGGCUGUCGUAAAAGCUAGUUAUUUUCGGAGAUUUCUGGAAACUUCCGAGUAAAGAUUUUAUGUACCUUUAGAUUUUUUUGGAAAUACAUAAUGGAGCUGAAAAGGAAAAUCCAUUUUGUUACCGUUAUUUAAAUAGAUACCACGCAAACUCCAUUGUCUUUAUCUGGAGGUGUAUCUGAGAAGGCUGGUUAUCUGUUUGCUUGGAUUUUCUUGCAGUUCAGAUAUUUAGACUACAAUCCAGACUUGGGUUCAAGCAGAAGAGUAGGUUAAUAUCAAAGAUGCACAUGACUUGGAAAAUCUGCAUGUGAUCUCAGUUGAGCCCUAGAAAGACAGUGCAACCUUAGAAGUGCUGAGCAGGGAGAAGGCUCUGCCGGACAAGCAGUUGGAGUAAGAAUCAAGACAAGAAGAUCACAGGACCAGCCUUCCCAUAAUUUAUGAGAUACUGGUGAAUUUCAGUUAACUUGGCGAUUCUCCUCCCUCUAAUUGAGGGAAAGCCCCCCUACUUCCCCCAUCACAGGGAGGGGGUGGAGCAUUCUCUGAGAAGCUUGGAACUGAGCUGUGCCUGGCCAGUCUUGGGGGAGGGGCUGCAUUUCAGGAGGCUGCAGCUGACAAGAAGCUUCAAGUGGAGAUUUUCCUGGACCUGAUCAAGCGCGUAGCCUGGUUGCUGUGUUGGCUACCACCCUGCCUGUGUGUCCUCCUUGCAACUCAUUCUUUCAGGCCACAGUUGAAUCCCAGAAACACAGUGUAACCUCAGAAGUGCUGAGCAGGGAGAUGGCUCUGCUGGACAAGCAACUGGAGUGAGAAUCAAGACAACCAGAUUACAGGACCAGAUCCUCCAUGAUCCACGUGACAUUGGGGAGGUGCCUCUGUCAUCCCCAUCACAGGGACUGGGCGGAGAAUUCUCUGAGAAGCUUGGAAGUGAGCUGUGCCUGGCCAGUCUUGGGGGAGGAGCUGCAUUUCACCAGUCUGCAGCUGACAAGAAGCUUCAAGCUUCCCUCCUUUUAGAGUACGAAUGGAGACAACCAGAUCAUAGGGCCACACCCUUCACAAGUCACAAGUUGGUAUCCUCCAUAUUGUCCCAUUCAAACAACAUGUUCAAGCAUCCUUGAGAAAUUCAGCUGGAGAAGAACAGGUGACACAAGCUGUAUAUCCUUUGUAGUUCUAACACAAAAGAGGCUUUGAUCAGAGUAUUGCUUUUGGUUGAAACUGUCUUAGCAGAGUCAAGAAUAGCCAGACACCUCAAUCUCUGAUAAUAACCUCUUGGCACACGUAUAUAAAUCAUAAUGGAUGCCGAGUAUGUCCUGUGCAACUGGAAAGACCAGUUAUGGCCGGCAAAAGUUUUGUCUGGAUAUGAGACUUCAUCAAACAGUAAACGAAAAAAGGCAUUUUCCCUAGAAGUUCAAAUACUCUCACUAGAUGAAAAAAUUAAAGUGGAAAGCACGGAAACAAAGAUUCUAAAUAAAUCUCAAAUUGAAGCCAUUGCCUCCUCACUAGCAGCACAGUCAGAAGUCAGCACUCCACCUAGAGCGGAAACAGCCUAUGAAAGGUCAUUAAAAGUGGCACUGGAUAUUCUGAAUGAAAGAAUAUAUUUGAGUCAAGCAAGCAGUUCAUAUGACAAAGAAACCACUACUCUGUCUCAAAAUGAUCCACAAAAACUUUCUGAUUCACCCCCUCAUAAAAAGUACCGGAAGCAUGAAGGAGACUUAUCAGAAUGUCUUGAGGAAAGUAAAAAUGCAACAUCCUCGUUAGUAUCAUUAGAGAAUAAUGAUUCCCUGUAUGAUGAUAAAUCACAGGUGCAUGCAACCAUUGAUACUCUUCCAAGUGAAAUGGAAACAAAGUCAUCAGAAAACUCCAGCUGGUGCCAGAGAUUUCCUUCACUUUCAGAAGAUGAUGAUGAAAAGGAAAGCAAGAAAGAGAUUGAUAUCUCAACAGUUAUGCCUUUGCAUUCCACAAUCAAAGAGGAGGAUGUAUGUGUUAAAGAUGAAAAGUUCACUCCAACUUUGCCAUUAGAUACACUCACUGUGCCCAAAGCUUUGAAAGAGGAGGCACAGGACAUUUGCCCAGAGACCCAGGCUAUUUCCUCUGAAUGCUCUUCCUUCUCAGAGAAUAUUGAAGAUCCUGGAGAGGGCCCUUCAAAUCCGUGCUCAGAUACCAGCCAGAAUCAAACUGUAGAAUCAGAAGCAAGUGCUGUGACAUCCCCCAGGCAUUGUUCAUGGGAAUGUCAAGUUUCAUUUAGUGCCUCUAACAACGUCCUGGAUUAUUCACUCCUUCUUGUGAAUAAUGAAAGAAAUCCUCAGAGACUGGAUUUUGAAGAACUUGGAGAAGACCUUCAAGCUUCUGAUAAGUCAGUGCAUCUAAAUCCUAUUGAUACUUCCAUAGUAGAUGAGAAUGAGGAAGAUGAAGAACUUCCACGCUUUGUUUUUAAUUAUGAGCCUCGUUCAUUUGAAACAGGAAUGAUAGUCUGGUUUAAAUAUCAAAAAUAUCCAUUUUGGCCAGCAGUGGUGAAGAGCAUCAGGCGAAAGGAGAGAAAAGCAAGUGUGCUUUUUGUUGAGGCAAAUAUGAAUCCUGAAAAGAGAGGUAUUAGGGUGCCUUUUAGAAGAUUAAAGAAAUUUGAUUGUAAAGAGAAACAAGCACUAGUGGAUAAAGCCAGAGAAGAAUACAGUGAAAGUAUUGACUGGUGCAUCUCGCUGAUUUGUGACUACAGAGUAAGACUAGGUUGUGGUUCUUUUGCAGGCUCUUUCCUUGAGUAUUAUGCUGCUGAUAUUAGUUAUCCGAUUAGGAAAGUAAUCAAACAGGAUACCUUCAGGAACUUAUUUCCUAAGCUGCAUAAUGAGAAUCCUGUGGAACAGAUGGUUGUGACUUCCCAGACCAAGAAAAUGUCCUUCCAGAAAAUUCUUCCUGACCGAAUGAAGGCUGCUCGGGACCGAGCCAACAAGAACUUAGUGGACUUCAUUGUGAAUGCAAAGGGAACAGAGAACCAUCUUCUAGCCAUUUUAAAAGGCACAAAAGGAUCCAGGUGGCUGAAAUCAUUUUUGAACGCAAAUAGGUUCACUCCCUGUAUUGAAACAUACUUUGAGGAUGAAGAUCAGUUGGAUGAGGUGGUGAAAUAUUUACAAGAAGUCUACAAACAAAUAGAUGAAAGAAUGCUGACUGUGAUAAGAGAUGAUAAAAUUAAAUUUAUCCUGGAAGUUCUUCUGCCAGAAGCUAUCAUUUGUUCAAUUUCUGCUGUUGAUGGAUUAGAUUACAAGGCAGCUGAAGCAAAGUAUCUAAAGGGACCAUCCCUAGGAUACAGGGAAAGAGAAUUAUUUGAUGCAAAAAUCUUAUUUGAAAAGAGACGGAAACCAUUAACAAAUGAGUCUCAUUAAAUCUCUUGAGAAUCCCAACCAUAACAGAAAAAUUACAUACAUAUUAGUUUUAAAAAGUCGCUGAGGAAUUCUAACAUAUAUUUUCCAGAAAUGAGAAAGUUUGGGUAAUGUAUUCACUUUUUUUUUUAGAUCUCUAGGAUUUGUGACUAUUACUACAUUUUUGUUUUCUUUUCUUACACUUCUUCAAAGUCAAUUUUACUAACAUAUAUCAGCAGUUCUACUUUCCCAUACAUUUUUAGAAUGCAUAAUUCCUAAAUUAUUUUUAAGGGAAGGUACUGUUUUGUUUUUUGACAUUUUUGUGUCUAUGCUGUAUAGUUAAAUACAGUGUGCACAAUCAUUUUAAUAUUAAAAUUGUACUGGUGUUAGAUAUUAACAGAGAUAAUUAGAAAAAAGUCUAAAGAACAUCACAUAUAUUUUUUGCUUAAUUUUUUAUAAAAUAUUGGGUUUUCUCUUAAGCUAGUUGAAUUAUUUUUCCUGCCAUGCCUAUUUAUUUUUGGAAAAAAAUAUCUCUGAGACGUGGAACCAAAGAUAGAGAGAUGCUUUGCUAUAUACUAUAACUAACUGCAAUUGCUUUUGCAAGAUAACAGUCUGGAAUUCAAAAAUAAAGUAAAUAGAUUACCUGCAUGCAGUCUUUCUGUGUGUGAAUAACAUCUCAGCAUGCAGAAAAUAAUUUUGGCAGCCUUGAACAGGAUUGUUCAUUUUAUGUUUCCCUGAAAUUCCAUUUAUGGAGUGUCUUUUAUUCAAUAGUUGAAUGGUUUCUUGCCUUUUGGCUGUCUUCAUUAUUAACAGUGAGACUGUAUCUUAAUAUAGCCAUCUGAUCACAUGUGAAAGGCAGAUAGAGUCAUUGUAUUCAUGGUCUGGCUACUCUAGAUGAAUGAAUCCGGACUGACUGCUUAAAAGCCCAUCUAAUUUGAUAUAAACUAUAGAAAUGCAAGCACUUUGUUCUGAGUCUUGUAUCUCUGAAUAUACAGUCAUUUGUUUCAAACCAACCAAUCUUCAGCAUCUGGCUUAUUCGUAAAAUAGUUCUAGUUGGUUCCAAUAGUAUAAAUGCCAACUGGUAUGUUAUUCCAGGCUACUAGAAAGAGUAGAUGGACUAGAAUCUGUGAAUUUGGAAAUGAGUCACAGAAAAAGCCUUCAUUUGGCCAAAAUUGACAGUUAUCUGAAUAUGAUUUAAAAUAUACAAUUAAAAGUUAAAGUUUGAAGCCAAUGAAUUGUUUAUUCUAACUUGAAACAAGACUUUAGUGAGAAUAAAUAUUAGGAGAGCUGCUUUAUUUUUAAAAAUAGAUGUAAAAAUAAAUGCUAAAGGCUUAACGUUUACCUGUCUGCGUUUUUACUGAGUGAGACACAUACCAUUCUUGGGUUUUUGUUAUGUGUUCACAUGGCCACAUGUUUAUGUAAAAGUUACAAAUGUUUCAUGUUUUGAUUUGCAAUAAAACUAUUAUACCUUUCA